AUGUUGUUCCCAAGAUAUGCAGAUUCGUGGGUUCUCUCUGACGUUACGAUACGCUAUGGAGACGCUGGGGAGCUUACCUUCGAGGCACAAAAACUGAUCCUGUGUGCCCACUCGCACUGGUUCAAGGCAGCUUUCACCGGCCGAUUCAAAGAAAGUGAAGCCCAGACUAUUCGCCUCAUUGGCGAUAACCCGGCUUCCGUCAACGCUAUGCUCACGUGGGUGUACAAACAGCAGAUUCUGUGGCCGAUGACCGAGGAGUUCUCGAUUGCGAAUAUGAUCUACUGUGUAGAACUCUUUCGCGUUGGCGACAAGUACGACCUUCCCAUGCUGUGCAGCAAUAUCACAAGCAGUUUCCGCUCUGAACUCGGACUCUGGCUUUGCAGAGCUGAUUGGAAAUCCGAGGACCCAGCUCUAGAUGAGAAGAAUGUCGAGAUGUUUUGCGACUUUGUUGAGAGGGUCUACACAUUGCCCAACACAGGGCUCAGUCAUCCCCUAAUCACAUCGCUACUGGUUAUGACGAAACACACGCCGGCACUCAAGAUCCUUCGAAACGAUGGUGAAGCGCCUUAUAUGCUCAUCAAAGCGGCCAAAUAUGUUUCUGAGUUCGGCAGGGACAUCUUGUAUCUCACGGAGAAACGAAAUCGGGAGUAA